AUGUUACCGGACUUGGUGCAAGCAUCAUUACACAUUCUUGUGAAACAAGUGCAGAGCGCUAGCAGGGUAUUAUGUGAUGCUGGGGCUCUAAAGAAGUUAGUUGGCCUUCUUGAAGGUAAUCUAAGUCAGAAAAAUGCUACUUUAGAGUCGCUGGCUGCAGUCUUUAAGAACAAUCCUGAAGUCAUCUCCAAAUUCGUGGGAACAGCUAGAGCGAAUCGAGAGAAUCAAUGCAAGAGCAACAAGACCACAACAGCAGGGUCAGGCAAGCAUUUCUUAGCUAGGAAAACCAGGUUUACACAACCAAUUCACAGCUGA